CAACAACCGAGCAGACUGUCAUGGGGACGAUCUGCUAAUGAGCCGUGUUUGUCUUUCGUCGUUUGAGAACUGAUUCAACUAUUCGUGAUGUUGUUGUUUGCGAAAAUGAGCUGCAUGUGUGCAGUUCUUGUUGCAAUACAAGGCAGUGAUAGGAAUGUGGAACUGUUCGAACAGUCGGAUUCCGAUGCCGACUUCAUCCAACAGAAAGUGGAAUUGGCGAAGAAGCACCUGCUUCGUGAAGAGACUCGGCAUGGCGGUGAACUCAGUGCCAACGAGAAGUGUUGGGCUUGCAAACUUUUGGCAACCACACUGUACACGUUAGUCGUGCAAAAACGCCCUGAGAAUGACAUAGUCGAGAUAUGUACGGCUAUAUGCAUAAAGGGCAGGAUUCAAGACGAAAGGGUGUGUCGAUAUAUUACAAGAGAAUAUAAGGACAUGGCUAUCACUGUCGUCCAGCAGGCGGUGCUCUCCCCUGACCAGAUCUGUGGCACCAUCCUGGGGCCGUCCUGUGCCACGCCCUACAACCCCUUGGACAUGUGGAACAUCACCCUCCCAAACACGCCGAAACCUCCUGUUAAACCCCCUCAACCCCCGGCGCCUGGCUCCCCCAAAGUCCGGUUCCUGCAGCUGACCGACAUACACAUCGACAUGAUGUACCAGCCUGGCAGAAGCGCCAACUGCAACGAACCCCUAUGUUGUCGUAGCAACGACGGAAAACCAGGCGAGGGUGAGGCGGGAGCUGGCCGAUGGGGUGACUACCGGAGCUGUGACGCGCCCCUCUCCCUGGUGGACAACCUCUUCCAAGACCUCGCCACCAAGGCCGAUCAGAUUGACUUCGUGAUAUUCACGGGAGACAUCACCGCACAUGACGUCUGGAACCAGUCAAGAAGUGACCAGGUUUCGGCUCUAGAGCGACUGGUGUCCUACUUCGACAAGUACCUGCCCCGAAAACAGGUGUACUUCUGUGCCGGUAACCAUGACAGCGCACCAUGUGAUAGUUUCCCGCCAAGUUUCAUCACGGGGAAUAACUCUGUAGCUUGGAUGUACUCCGCCAUGGCAGACAAUUGGGGACGCUGGCUGCCUCAAGACACAAGGGAGACAAUCAUGAGAGGGGGGUUCUACACCAUGUCCCCAUUUCACGGCUUCCGCAUCAUCUCCGUCAACGACAUCUUCUGCUACAGUGGCAACUGGUGGCUCAUGAUCAACAACACCGACCCCGCUGGCCAGUUGCAGUGGCUGGCGGAGACAUUACAGAGCGCGGAGGACGCGGGGGAGAAGGUAUUCAUUCUAACACACACACCAACAGACUGCAUGAAAUCGUGGAGCUGGAACUACUACAACAUUGUCAGCAGGUACGAGAGCACAAUCGUGGGUCAGUUUAACGGCCACACCCACACAGACGAAUUCCGCGUGUACUACGACGUCGCCAACCUCACCCGUCCUGUCAACGUGGCCUACGUGGGCGGGUCCGUGACGCCCUACUCAAACAACAACCCCAACUACAGGAUCUACACCAUGGACGGCUUCUACGCCAACUCCUCCUUCGCCAUUCUGGACUACGAGGACUACGUCUUUGAUUUGAGGAAAAACAACAAUGGCAGCAGCGCCUCCUGGGAUCUAGAGUACAGCCCCUUGACAGAGUACGGUAUGAAGGGCAGUUACCCCAGCGACUGGAACAACCUCAUCUACAGGAUGAAAGACGACGACGACCUCUUCAACAAAUUCAACACCCACAAAUCUAGGGGAGGGGACUUGACGCCAUGCACUCGAGGCUGUAAAACAGACAUGUUGUGUCAUCUCAAAUCAGGCCGCUCUGAUGACCCCGAGCUGUGUCGGGACCUAUGGGAGGAGGAGUAGUGUAUUUGUGUAUCAAGAACUGGAAGCAGUCGUUCAAGCUCCAACAUGUUAAUUUAUUUGUUUGUUGUUUAACGCCGCACAAUAUUCAAGUUAUAGGACGACGGUCUGUAAAUAAUCGAGUUUCGACCAGACAAUCCAGUGGUUGACAUCAUGAGCAUCGAUCGACGCAGAUUGGAUUCGAUGACUUGCAUCAAAAAGGCAGCGAGCCUGACUACCCGACCCGGUCAGUUGCCUCUUACAAGCAUGGGUUGCUGCGGACCAUUUCGAACCCAGAACGGGGCACAUGUCAAUUUGCCAACACCAUUGAUGUGGAUCAGGAAGGAUGUCGUACUUAAAGACAAGAUAAAUACAUAAAAGUUAUUGCAUGAUGAA